AUGAGAUCUCAACAUAGAAAAGCAACCUUAAACAUUCCAACUGUUUUAGAUCUACAAAACCCAGAAUGGGAUGUUAUUUUGAAAUCUUGGGCUUACAUCAACGUUAAGAAUUAUGAAUUAACUAUCAACAAAGGAUCAAUUGUAAAUAAGAAAAUAAUGUAUCUGAAUCUAAAAGAAGAGCCAAUCAAUUAUAAAGUAUGUUCCAAUAUGCCAAAUAUCAUAGAAGUCAAAACUGAAACUAUUAAUCUUUAAAAAGACUGUAAGUUAAAUUAUAUUUUUCUAGAAAAAGACUAUAUUAAAUUAUAGAUUAAAGCUCCUUUGACCCCCUGUAAAUUACAUGUCAAAAUAGCAUUGAUGGAUAUCAAAGGCGAUACUGUUUAUGAAGGAAUGGAGUUUGAUCUCAUUAUCGCUAAUUUAACUGCAAAAUGA